AUAGGUGUUGGAGAAGAAAGUGCACGAAAUGGGAGGCUUCAAUGUGUUGCGUUUGAUUUGACUGCACCUUAUAAGAGGAAGCCCUCGACACAGUGCACAUGGCCUGCACACACUCCACUUUGCUUACCAACAAUUUGCAAAUCCCAUUCGUGUCCCUACCAAACCCAAACCUGCAGCCACCCUCCAACAAAAUCUUCUUUCGCCCCCUCAGAUUCAAAGGGGUUUCUGUGGUUAGUGCCAAACCCAAAAGGCUUCUUUGCCAGGUGAAAGCGUCAAUGUCGGAGACGAAGAACGUUGCGGUGGAGGUCUUUGAAAAGGAGGAGCUUGCGGUGUCUUUGGCCAAAUAUGUCGCCGAUCUCUCCAAUAAGUUCACCGCUCAAAGAGGGGCUUUCACUGUCGUCUUGUCUGGUGGCUCCUUGAUCAACUAUCUCCGGGAACUGCUGGAACCUCCUUAUGCUGAUUCUCUUGAUUGGCAUAAAUGGCAUGUGUUUUGGGUGGAUGAGAGAGUCGUGCCAAAGACUCAUGAAGAUAGCAACUACAAGCUUGCUCUUGAUGGGUUUCUCUCCAAGGUGCCCAUUCCUCCAGGCAAUGUUUAUGCAAUCAAUGAUGCCCUGUCAGCUGAAGGAGCGGCUGAUGACUAUGAGACAUGUCUCAGGCACUUGGUCAAGAAUAAUGUGAUAGCUUUGUCAUCUGUCAGCGGGUUUCCAAAAUUUGAUCUAAUGCUGCUGGGCAUGGGCCCUGAUGGGCAUGUAGCUUCUUUGUUCCCGGGGCAUCCUCUUGUGGAGGAGAAUAAAAAAUGGGUUACCUUCAUUAAGGACUCGCCAAAACCACCUCCAGAGAGAAUAACUUUCACCUUUCCUGUGAUUAAUUCUUCUGCUUACAUAGCACUUGUUGUGACUGGUGCUGGUAAAGCAGAUGCCGUUCACUCUGCACUGGGCAGAUCUCAAAAUUCUGAUAAGCUACCUGCUGCAAUGGUUUCACCUGAAGGGGAGUUGAAAUGGUUCUUAGACAAAGGUGCAGCCUCGAAGCUGUAGAUCCUGCAGCUAAGCCAGUUGAUUAAAGCGUUGUGCUAGUGUAUUUACCUUUGCAAUAUUGAGUUUGUGUAUGAGAACAGACAUAUCUAGUGUUGAAUCUCCUUAUCUCAGUGAUAGUUAACACUGGGGAGGGCGUCUUCUUUGUCUCUUGUGACAAUAAAAGGACUAAAGUGAAGAACAGGGUGCAAUAUGAAGUGUUUUUGCUUCAAAAUUUCUAAAUUCUUCCCUUCCCAAAUUUCCUAUUAAUGUGAAGCAACCCCGCCCUUCCCUCUUCAUGCAACAACCUGAGUUAUGUC